UCUCUCUCUCUCUCUCUCUCUCUCUCUCUCUCUCUACUAAAAAAAACCUAUUCGGCCAUUUUCCAGCUGCUUGUGACUUACUCUCAACUCGUGUCGGAAGUGGGGCGAGAGAGUCUUCCCGGUUUACUUUUCGCCGUAAACGGAUCUGAGAAACGCUGGGGCAUGGCCUCCGUAGGGAGAACAGUAUGGAGGGUGGUGUCAGCAGUGCGUCCCCCUCCCUCCCCCUCGUGCCAGGCAAGCAGUCGGUCCUACAGCUCAGAAUUUACUAAAGAGAAGGAUGUUCCCUAUGAGCGGACGCUCAAACAAGAGGACGGAGGCUCUGCUGGACCCACUAAACCUUUACCCAGGUCAGCAGAUGCAGUGGUGAUCGGAGGGGGCAGCCUGGGCUGUCAGACUGUUUACCACCUGGCUAAAAUGGGUAUGACAAACGUGGUCCUGCUGGAAAGAGACAGACUGACCGCUGGCACCACGUGGCACACGGCAGGCUUGCUUUGGCAGCUGCGCCCCAGUGACGUUGAGGUGGAGCUCUUAGCCCAUACCAGAAAUGUGAUCAGCAAAGACCUGGAGGAGGAGACGGGUCUCAGCACUGGCUGGAUCCAGAACGGAGGCCUUUUCAUUGCGUCCAACAAACAGAGACUGGAUGAGUACAAGCGCCUCAUGUCGCUCGGUAAAGUUUAUGGCAUCGAGUCCCAUGUCCUUUCUCCUGCGGAGACCAAGGACCUAUACCCUCUGAUGAACGUUGACGACUUGUAUGGUACUCUGUAUGUGCCCAAAGAUGGCACCAUGGACCCAGCGGGUACAUGCACCACCCUCACCAGAGCUGCGUCAGCCAGAGGAGCCACGGUGAUCGAGAACUGCCCCGUAACUGGUAUCCAGGUGCGGACAGAUGACCUUGGGGUGAAGAGGGUCAGGGCAGUUGAAACCGCACACGGGACCAUCGAGACACCCUGCGUAGUCAACUGUGCAGGCGUGUGGGCCACCAAACUUGGGGACAUGGCGGGAGUCAAAGUGCCUCUCAUAGCCAUGCACCAUGCCUAUGUAGUGACAGAGAGAAUCGACGGCAUACAGAACAUGCCCAAUGUCAGGGACCAUGAUGCAUCAGUGUACCUGCGCCUCCAAGGGGAUGCUCUGUCUGUGGGUGGAUACGAACAAAACCCCAUCUUCUGGGAUGAGGUGUCUGAUAAAUUUGCAUUCAGCCUGUUUGACCUGGACUGGGAUGUGUUCAUGCAGCACAUUGAGGGAGCCAUCAACAGAGUCCCUGCUCUGGAGCAGACUGGCAUCAAGUCUACUGUCUGUGGCCCCGAGUCGUUCACGGCAGACCACAAGCCUCUGAUGGGGGAGGCUCCAGAGGUCAGAGGCUUCUUCCUGGGGUGCGGCUUCAACAGUGCCGGGAUGAUGCUGGGAGGAGGCUGUGGUAAGGAGCUGGCUCAUUGGAUCAUAGGAGGGCGACCGGAAAAGGAUAUGUAUGGAUAUGACAUUAGGCGUUUCCAUAACUCGCUGACGUCUGAUAACCGCUGGAUCAGAGAGAGGAGCCAUGAGUCCUAUGCCAAGAACUACUCUGUCGUCUUCCCCUUUGACGAGCCCCUCGCCAGCAGGAACAUGAGGAAGGACCCCUUCCAUCAGGUGCUGACAGAGAGCGGCUGUGUAUUUCAAGAAAGACAUGGUUGGGAGAGACCCGGCUGGUUCAACAAAGAUGGACCUGCUCCUGUGCUAAACUAUGACUACUAUGGGGCAUAUGACACCGAGAAAAAUGUUAACUACAAAUACAACAGUCUGCUGGGUAAAGAGUACACGUUUGGCUUCCCGCCGCAUCACGAUGUGAUUAAAAACGAGUGCCUGACCUGUCGACACAGUGUGGCGGUGUUUGACAUGUCCUACUUUGGCAAGUUUUACCUUACUGGACCGGAUGCCAAGAAGGCGGCUGAUUGGCUGUUCACAGCUGACGUUAACAAGAAGCCAGGCUCUACGGUAUAUACCUGUAUGCUGAAUAAGAGGGGCGGAGCUGAGGCAGAUCUGACUGUAAGCCGACUGGAGCCAGGUGCUGCAAACCUGCCCUUGGCACCAGAGUCCAAUGGUGAGGCAUACUACUUGGCGAUAGGAGGCGGUGUAGCCGAGCACAACUGGAACCACAUUAGAACAGUUUUACAGGACCAAGGUUUCAACUGCCACCUGACAGACCACUCAGAGGACAUGGGAAUGAUCAGCAUCCAGGGACCCAAAAGUCGUGAUGUACUUCAAGAGGUGCUGGACACAGACCUGAGCAAUGAAGCCUUCCCAUUUUCUACGCACAAAGUAGUCAGUGCUGCAGGACAUCAGGUGCGAGCCAUGCGUCUGUCGUUCGUUGGGGAGCUUGGUUGGGAGUUGCACAUACCCAAAGCCUCCUGUCUUCCAGUCUACCAUGCUGUCAUGGCUGCUGGUGCCAAGCACGGCAUCAUCAACUCAGGCUACAGGGCCAUUGACUCACUUAGCAUAGAAAAAGGGUACAGACACUGGCAUGCUGAUCUUCGCCCAGAUGACACGCCCCUUGAGGCGGGGCUGGCCUUCACCUGUAAAAUGAAGACGGCCAUCCCGUUCCAGGGCCGUGAUAGGCUAGAGAAACAGAAGGAGGAGGGGCUUAAGAGACGCAUCGUCUGCUUCACCAUCGAGGAGAAAGUUCCAAUGUUUGGUCUGGAGGCGAUCUUCCGUAACGGUGUUCCUGUUGGUCAUCUGCGGCGUUCUGACUACGGCUUCUUCAUUGACAAGACAGUUGGAUAUGGAUAUAUUCGUAACCCUGAUGGAGGAGUGGUGAGUCCUGCUUUUAUUAAGAGCGGCGACUUCACCCUGGAGAGGAUGGGGGUGAGCUACAAGGCCAAGGCCCACCUCAAGUCCCCCUUCGAUCCUGAGAACCAGCGUAUCAAGGGGAUCUACGCAUGUUAGAGAGCACACGUCCAGUCUGUGAAUAAGGCUUAGAGGUGGCAGAAAGUUUGACAUGAAGGUGUGGUCAAAUUUAGCCUCUCUUUGUUAAUCCACUACCACUAUUCUGAAAUCCAGAAGAAAAAUCAUGCAAGCUGAAAAACGGUGAUUUGUGAUUUACUAUUUAACCUCUGCCUUUCUUAGAUUUUUGAGGCGUGAAUAAGAAUCUGUUGUAUUUUGUCUUACUGGCUGUUAACCAAAUCAGAAUCAUGUUUAUUGGCCAUGUAGGUUUGCACAAACAUGGAAUUUGACCCAUGGGUCACGGCCGUCAUGUUUACAUAUCCAC